GAUAUAAUAUAAAUAGGCUGGUUUAGGAGUCGGGCGUCGGUUGAACAUAUGAAUCCAAUGAUUCCCAUAUGUCCAGUUGUCUCCUUCACCUAUGUGCCCAGCCGGCUUGGUGAAGAUGCCAAAAUGGCUACCGGCAAUUACUUUGGAUUUACCCAUGGCGCUGCCGCACAAUACAGUCAGCAGCCAGCUGCCGGUGUAGCCUACACACACCCCACCACAGUGGCCAGCUACACAGUUCACCAAGCACCUGUGGCAGCACACACAGUGGCAGCAGCCUAUGCUCCCACUGCAGCUACAGUUGCAGUAGCGAGGCCUGCUCCUGUUGCUGUAGCAGCUGCUACUGCUGCAGCAUAUGGAGGGUACCAGCCAACCCACUCUGCAACCGACUAUGGAUACCCUCAGCGCCAGCCUGAAGUCCCCCCACCACCACCACCGGUCACUUCACAGAAUUACCAGGACACCUACUCGUAUGUCCGAUCUACAGCUACAGCUGUAACUUAUGACAGCAAACAGUACUAUCAGCAGCCCAGUGCUACAGCUGCUGUUGCUGCUGCACAGCCACAGCCCAGUGUGGCAGACUCGUACUACCAAACAGCACCCAAAUCAGGAUACAGCCAGGGGGUCACAUCAUACACCCAAACCCAGCAGAGUCGACAAGUAACUGUGAUAAAACCAGCUGCUCCCAGUCCCGCUACAUCCACCUUCUCCAUCUACCCAGUGACGUCCACAGUUCAGCCUGUGGCGGCUGCUCCCUCUGUCGUCCCCUCAUACUCCCAGAGCCCAACCUACAGCACUAAUGCUGUUACCUACUCCGGAACUUCAUAUUCUGGAUAUGAAGCUGCGGUUUACUCUGCUGCCUCCAGUUACUACCAACAGCAGCAGCAGCAGCAGAAACAGGCAGUGGCAGCUGUCGCAGCAACGGCAGCGUGGACGGGUAACACUUUCACCAAAAAAACUCCUUUUCAGAGUAAGCAGCUGCGGCCAAAGCAGCCACCUAAACCCCCACAGAUCCACUACUGUGACGUCUGUAAGAUCAGCUGUGCAGGCCCACAGACAUAUAAGGAGCAUCUGGAGGGCCAGAAGCAUAAGAAGAAGGAAGCAGCCCUGAAGGUUUCCCAGAGCAGCAGCAGCAGCAGCGGUAUUGCUGGGGGAGCAUUGGCCCGCAGUGCUCAAAACCAGCUCCGAUGUGAACUUUGUGAUGUUUCCUGUACUGGGGCUGAUGCGUAUGCUGCCCAUAUCCGUGGAGCCAAGCACCAAAAGGUUGUGAAGCUUCAUACUAAACUUGGCAAACCCAUUCCCUCGACUGAGCCCAGCAUGGUGACUCAGACACUGUCCUCCACUACAACUGCCUCCAGCAAGACCACCAGUUCCACCCUCAGCACCACCAGCACCACUACCUCUCUGUGUUUGGCUGGAUCCUCUUCCUCUGGAACCUCCAGCUCUCCCUACUUGAAACCAGUCAACAUCGUCAGCAGUGGCGUGUCGAGUGUCAAGAGCCCGUUAACCAACAGCCUUUCUGCUGCUGCUUCUGCUGCAGCUGGGAAAAAGGUCAACACACCCAAGAUCAACUUUGUCGGUGGAAAUAAAUUGCAGACAACAGCCAAGCUCGAUGAAGUAAAAGGAGAUGUUCCGAAGCCUGCCGCCUCCUCUUCAGGUGCUCAGGAUUCCAAGACAGAAAUAUCAGAGACUCUGUCCACCUCAGCCCUCGCUGCGUUACAGAGUGACGUCCAGCCCGUUGGCCAUGACUAUGUUGAGGAGGUACGAAAUGAUGAAGGAAAGGUCAUCCGCUUUCAUUGCAAGCUGUGCGAAUGUAGUUUCAAUGAUCCAAAUGCAAAGGAAAUGCAUCUAAAAGGUCGGAGGCAUCGCCUGCAGUACAAGAAAAAGGUGAACCCAGAUUUGCAGGUGGAGGUGAAACCCAGCAUUCGGGCCCGAAAGAUUCAAGAGGAGAAAAUGAGAAAGCAGAUGCAGAAAGAAGAGUACUGGAGGAGAAGAGAAGAGGAGGAGCGCUGGAGGAUGGAAAUGCGGCGCUAUGAAGAGGACAUGUACUGGAGACGAAUGGAGGAGGAACAGCAUCAUUGGGAUGAGCGACGGCGUCUACCAGACGGAGCCUAUCAGGGGGGACCCCCUGGUCCCCCUGGCCCUCCUGGUCUACUUGGGGUUCGUCCUGGAAUGCCAGGCCCACAGCCUCAGGGUCUUGUGCCCCAACGUCGACCUGAUUCUUCAGACGACCGCUAUGUGAUGACCAAACAUGCGGCCAUCUACCCUUCAGAAGAUGAGCUUCAGUCCAUCCAGAAGAUUGUGUCAAUCACAGAACGUGCCCUGAAAUUGGUCUCAGACAUAAUUACAGACCAGGACAAGCCUAAGGAUGAAGAAAAAGAGAAGAAAGACCCUCUUAAAGAUAGAGCCCUGAAAGGAGUGAUGAGGGUGGGGGUCCUCGCCAAAGGAUUGCUUCUUCGUGGGGACAAGAAUGUCAACUUGGUUCUGCUCUGCUCUGAGAAGCCCACCAAGGGUCUUCUCACCCGCAUUGUGGAGCACCUCCCUAAACAACUAACAAUGGUAACACCUGAAAAAUAUGAGGUGAAGGGAUCUAUCCAGGAAGCAGCCAUCAUUCUCACAUCCUGUUCCGAGCCAAAGAUGCAAGUGACAAUCACGUUGACGUCACCUGUUAUCAGAGAGGAAAAUGGCCGGGAUGGAGAUGUAACCUCGGGUAUGGUGAAAGAUCCAGCGGACGUCUUGGACAGACAAAUAUGCCUUGACGCUCUGGCUGCUCUGCGCCACGCUAAGUGGUUCCAGGCUAGAGCCAACGGACUACAAUCCUGUGUGAUUAUCAUCCGAAUCCUGCGAGACCUCUGUCAGAGAGUCCCCACGUGGUCAGCUUUCCCAGGAUGGGCCAUGGAGUUGCUGGUUGAGAAGGCCAUCAGCAGCGCUUCUGCGCCGCUCAGUCCAGGUGACGCUCUGAGACGAGUCUUUGAAUGUAUCUCCUCUGGGAUUUUACUCCCUGGUGGACCAGGCCUGGUGGACCCGUGUGAAAAGAAUCCUGUGGAUACUCUUACAACGAUGGGAGAACAACAGAGAGAAGACAUUACCUCAAGUGCCCAGUUUGCUUUGAGGCUGCUGGCGUUUCGUCAGAUCCAUAAAGUUUUGGGUAUGGACCCUCUGCCACAGAUAAACCCUCGCUUCAACAUCCGGAACAGCCGUAAGCGUCGCCGCGACAACAGUGACGGUACAGACAGCUUUGAGGGCGAAGGCAAAAAGGACAAAAAGGAUUAUGAUAGUUUCUAAGCUUAUCCAUUUUCAAGUAAUCUAUGUAUAUAAAUGUACUAACAUGUUACACUUAAGAACUUCUUAAACAUUUGGUUUGCGCUGUCUCCCAUGUGCUGGCUAAAAUCCAGUAGGUUUUUUUUUUUUUUAAACUUUUGUUGUAUUUUUAUUUGAUUAUUGGUUCAAGCUAUAGAUGCACCAGUGUAAUUGCAUCCUCACAUAUACUACAGAAACAAAUGUAAGUUUGCAUAGUGUAUAUUUCUCCGUUCAGACCUUACUCUGUACUAGAUGAAGCAGUUUUUAAAUGUGCAACUGUGCUUCUUAAGGAGAACUGUCUCGUAGUGGUUGACGCCCUGAAGAGCACUGGAGCUGGUGUUUGUCCUUUGCCUACGAUUACAGCAAAACACAUGUGCAUCACUCAAGUUUCAGGGCCAUUUCACCUCUGACUGCUGUCCCUUAACACCGGACUAAAAAAAAAAAAAAAAAAAUCAUGCUUUUUUUUUUUUUUUUUAACUUAAUCUCUGCAUAUAUACAGAGAUAAGUUGCUGGGAAAGGUCGGGGACCAUACUGUAGGAUCAAAAUUUUGAAACCAGACUCGUUCAUUUUUUCCGUACUCUGGAUCAGAAGGAAAAGCAAAGAUAACUGUCAUUGCCUUUACUCAUCUUUCUAGUUGCAUUAGUAAGUGGUUUGUUGUUGUAACCAUUGUGAAGCAUUGAUUUGGUCCAUUUUAUUUUCAAAAUUCUUUCGAUUCUAACACACCCUAUGCUUAAUGCAAGUGUUGUUUAAUGCUGUGGUAUUGUUCCGUCUCAUGCUUAGAUCUCAUGAGGUCUGUGCUAGUAGUAAAGUUGUCAGCCCUAACUGAUGUUUUAUGUCUCUGUCUAACCCCAAUCUCUUUUGUUUUCAUCUAUGAAAAUAUUUAUAUAAUCUUUAAAUGGAUAAAGGCUGUUGGUUUGUGGAAAAGCAUGGCCAUUUUGAGUGUACUGUUUUGGCUUUUAGGUUUUUUUUUUGUUUUUUUUAAAUGGUUAAUAGGAAACUUAAACGGAUUGCUUGUCUUUAGGUUGACACUUUAUUGAGUUCCUUAAUGAGAGGGGAAAAAUCUGGACUGGGAAUCAACAGGGCAAUAACGUAAUUUCCCUUCAGUGUUGGUCCGGUUGUAUAUGUUUGCCGGGCUGUGCAUUCUGCCUCCAUUUCUUGUAGCAGAAUAAACAUUGACAGAUUGAAAAA